CCGGAUCUUCCCAACCUGAAGGGCUUCCCGUCAUUCUCAACCCUGUCACGCUCGCCAGGCUCCAGUUUCCCGUCGGGUGCUCCAUUCUGUAACUUUUAGUACCUAGCAGCAUUCAACACUUGCGGACAUCCAAGAUAUCGAUCAGGUACCUACCUCUAUUCCAUUGUUGACACACCAUCCAUCACCUACCUACUCGACCCGAUAGUAUUCCAGUCGCCGGCCAUCAUCCGUCACGACAACCGUACCCGCGAUAUCCUAACAACUGGAUCCUGCUCUCCAAAGCCCAAGCCCACCGCUUGACUUCAUUCGCUGUCCCCGCCGAGUCCUACGUAGUCACCGACCGUCGCCCCGACCCUAAACCCCCCACCUCCCUCCAUUAGUCCAUCACCGACAGACCAUCUCACCGCGGAAUCAAGAUGGCGAACCGACAGCUUGCAAGAGACAUGCAAGUUGAGUUUCAAGCCCGCUUCAAUGCCAAGCAAGCACGACGUGAAGCCCAGAAGGCUGCCAAACAAGACAAUGAAUUGAAGAAGCAGAUCCAGAAUCUUCUCAAAAAGGGCGAAACCGCGCAAGCCGCUCAAAAAGCCCGCAUGCUGCUUGCCAAACAAGCCAUCGCUCAACAGAUGGACCAAGCCGCUGAUAUGGCCGAGCUCAGCGUUGCCCAGAUACAGGCUAACAACGCCAUGAACCGCAUGACGUUCAUGAUGGCCCAGUCAUCCAAGACCAUGUCACGGGCCCAGCGCAGCGUGAACCCCGAGAAGACGCUCCUAACGCUGGAGCAGUACAAGCAGCAGAACGAGGAGUACGCCAUGAGCAACGGCAUCUACACGGACGCCAUGACGCAGAGCACAAGUGUGCAGGUGAGCGACGAUGCCGUGCACGAACUGCUCGGCAAGCUCGCAGACGACGCCGGACUAGAGCUGGGGCAGGAACUGAAUAAAGCCAGCGCCAGCAAGGUUGAUCCGAACGCUGCUGCCCAGCAGGCGGUGAGCCAGACGGCCGAGCCAACUCCGGAAGAGGAAGAUGCCCUGCAACAGCGUUUGCGGGCUUUGCGGGCUUAAGCCGGAAUCAUGUGCUGGAACUCUCGGGCCGUUUUCCUUUUCUUAAGUUUUGCGGGAGAAGAAAGAGCGAAGAAAACGUUGAAGAACUGGAGAGGUUGGAUGAAUCGGGAGAGGCGGUUUAGGUGGGUCGUCCCGCUAUCGGGAUACGUGGGGUGAGGUAGGAUCGGUCACUGGGCGGAGGCUCCAAACGGCGGUGAAGCCGGGAUGGUUCGAUUUCGAAAACGCAUGCCGGAUCGACGGAGAUAUACUACAUACGUACAACGCUUAUGAUGCAAAAGAACACGACGAAGAACAACACAGAGCCUUCUGCUUGUGGUUAUUGGGAGUUUGGGAUGACGAUGGACAUGAAUGGGAUGGAGCUGUUGGGGUAGGUGGUGGUUUUCUGAGGGAACAACAGGUCACCUCUGAAGUAUCCGAUUUUGCAGCAAACUGUAUAUGAACGGGGUCUCACUUGUUCAUUCACGGUUCA